GGCCCAACUCCAGUGCAGCCUCCCACCCUGCCGCCAUGUCUCUGACCAAGACUGAGAGGACCCUCAUUGUGUCCAUGUGGGCCAAGAUCUCCACUCAGGCCGACACCAUCGGCACCGAGACUCUGGAGAGGCUCUUCCUCAGCUACCCGCAGACCAAGACCUACUUCCCGCACUUCGACCUGCACCCGGGGUCCGCGCAGCUGCACGCGCACGGCUCCAAGGUGGUGGCCGCCGUGGGCGACGCAGCGAAGAACAUCGACAACAUCGGCGCCGCCCUGUCCAAGCUGAGCGAGCUGCACGCCUACGUCCUGCGCGUGGACCCGGUCAACUUCAAGCUCCUGUCCCACUGCCUGCUGGUCACCCUGGCCGCGCGCUUCCCCGCCGACUUCACGGCCGAGGCCCACGCCGCCUGGGACAAGUUCCUAUCGGUCGUAUCCUCUGUCCUGACCGAGAAGUACCGCUGAGCGCCGCCUCCGGGAUCCCCAGGACAGGCUGCGGCCCCUCCCCUGCCCUUCACCCUCCCACAAUUCCUGCCCUGACUCCAAUAAAUGGAUGAGGAC